UUCAAAACCUUAUCACGCGAGAAAUGAAUGAAAAUUUUCUCAAAAUUGGAAAUGUAUCUGAUUAAUUAAUUGUUUCACGUGCUACUGAACUUUGUAUCCAUUUGUUUAACGUUACUUGUAUUCUUCUUCUAAUGAUAAUUCACUCUUGAUAGAACUUCAUUGAAACUAAGGAACCAGAUUAGUGUAAUGAAUUGAAUACGAUACGUCAAGCAAGCAUAUGUUGUUAGCAUAUGGUGUUAUGAAAUAUGCCGUUUAAUGCAUCGAAUUAUUCUCUAACGUCAUUAAAUUGAUCGGCUGGUAAACAUUAAAAAACUUCUGUAAUGAUCUCAUAACUACUUACGUACUAAUUUAUGCUCAAAUCUUAUUUGCUAAUUAUUAUUGUAUAAUAUAGUAUAAUCAAUCUACAUGUAUGUUUGCUAGUUUGUUUGGCACCGAAUAGUCUUCCUUCUGUAUAACAUAUUAUAUCGAUAAUCUGGUGAUAUUAUGCUCACGAAGUAAAAUACCUACUUGAAAAUAAAUCACUAUGAACUGGAUGUUGGAAAAAUUACACUCCUUUCUAUUGAAAUAUGUGAUAUAUGGAAACAUAAAUGGAAAAGCAACGGUAUACGUGCCAGUUACGAUAGUUCUCUCUCUCCUCUGCGAAUUUUACCCUUUACCAGACUCGUAUUUAAACUACAAAGAUAAUGUUUUAAAUCGUGGAUUCAUGAAACCAAAUUACAUCUAUAGUUCGUUGGUAUUGCUACCUUUUGCGGUCAUCAUUUCUUACACUUACAGCAAAGGGAACGUGAUGAGUGUUUUUAAAAAUGUAACUAGGACUACGUUGGUGAUUCUGGCAUGUCAAGUGAUUCGAAGAGUACAACUUUUAUACGAUUUGGAAGAUAAUUACGAUCACUGUAGUCGAUAUGGCUCGGUUUAUAAAACCGAACAGAUUUGUACGUCUCGAGGAUACGAAUGGAUAACCUUCCAGUUAUCUGGACACACUUUUUAUAUGUUUUAUUACUCGUUGGCUACGAUGGAGGAGAUGAGAUUGUACAGGAUAUGGCAAAUGUACGUAGAUGGGAUCCAUCAAGUAGAACGAUUGAAAAAACCACUGGCAAGUGUGACUGUUUUUCGUUAUUUUACCGAAGCAGAAUAUUCAAAAAUAAAGGGAAUGGUUUCAUCGUGGAAUAACGUUGUUAGAUUUUGGAUGGUGAUCGCUGGAAUUUAUAUUAUUUUACUGGAUUUUUGUACGUUGACUACGAUGGUUUAUUUUCAUCAAAUUGAAGAGAAGGUGAUAGGGAGUCUGUUAGCUAUUGGAUUGUGGUAUAUUUUGUAUAAGUUCCUAUUCUCUGAAUUCAUACUUGAGCAGAUCAAACUCAGUUGUAAUUACGAUACGAGAUCCUUGCAAGAAAAAUAUCUGAGAGAUUGGUAUGUGCUUGAGGCAAGAAAGACGUAUUACUUCAAGAAAAUCAAUUGUUCGUCUCCUUUUCUGCAACCUAAUUUUGAUAUUUGAUGACGUGUGGCACAAAUUGUUAUUGUUUCGUUACCUAUUUAUUUAUGUAAUUUGCCCAGUGGUAGAAUUUAUUCUUAAUGAGUCGAUCAGGAGCUCUCAUCGUUGUCGUUCACUUAUUACAAAGGGAAACCUUCACAAUUCAUUACUCUGAUAGAGCUGAAAUUUGGCUCCUGAACGUAUAUAGACAUCCAGAUCUCAGAAACAAAUUUUCAGCUGCCUUAUAAUUGAUUACAACGCCUUCUAGAGCAAUUUGAAAUUUCUGAAGAAAAAUCCUAAUUUGGCUGGAGGCUCCAGAUCGGCUGGAAAAUGGUAGCAAUCUAUUCACGAGGUUCACUUUAGUGUUUUAAACAUGUUUCAGAUUUUUAUUUCCAUAUUUAUUCUUUUUGUUUCGUAGAAAAUUAGUAUCCCAAUAAAUAGGCUAUUUCCAGCAUUUUCAAAAUUUCGUCAAGAAUCGAAAAACCAAGUUCGGCUGCAAAAAAUUUCGUAUUUACUCAAUUCCGAAGUCCGAGUGAGUUGCUCUUUCAGUGAGCCAAAUUAUCACCUCCAUCGGAGUUGACGAUUUGUGAAGGUUCCUUUGUCAGCAUUUUUUAAAUACUGAACAAGUCCAGUAACAAAGCAAUUGUUGUAUUUUACCUAGAUUGAAAUAUUUUAUACCAUGACAAUAUUUUUAUUAAAUUUUUUUUUUUUUAAAGUA